CCCUGUCCUGAAGAAAGAUAUUGGCCUUCAAUUAUGACAUCAUCACUAGCAUCAUCAGAGGACAACUAUUGGGUAAAGCCACAGUUACCUGGCUCAGCUCGGACCCGUGGCUUGCCUGGAGUUUAUGUUCCAAGGAAGCAAAACAUAAAGACCAAGCUGUCUGGUGUAUUUGUGUAUGUGUGGAUAUACCCAUGGAACACGUACGCAUUGGUACAGGGAGCUCAUAGAUGAGAGAACUCUUGCCAAUUCAGGUUCAUCCUCUUAAAGGUAACAUGACAUUGGGGAAAAUGUGCUGGACUUGGAGUCAGGAGAUCAAAUAUUGCUUCAGAUACUUAUUAUCUAAGGAGAAUGGUCUUUGCCCCAGAAAUGACAGAACAAAGUAGCUAAUAGGAAGUUGCUACCCAGUAUAAGGAAAGAAAUAAUUUGAGAGCACCUAAUUGCUCUUGAAGAGGACCACCAAGAGGGAUUUCCCAGCUCUAUAAAGGGGCUCUUGCUGACACUGCAGCCAUCCGCCAGCCACCCGGUCUUCAUCUGCGUUGGAGCAUUUGGAUUCACUGAGAUCCAGGAGAGAUGUCUUACCAGUAUCAGGAGCAGUGCAAACAGCCUUGCCAGCCUCCUCCCAAGUGCCCACAGCCUUGCCAGCCCAAGUGCCCACAGCCUUGCCCUCCCAAGUGCCCACAGCCUUGCCAGCCCAAAUGCCCUGAGCCAUGCCCUCCCAAAUGCCCAGAGCCAUGUCUUCCAAAGUGCCCAGAACCAUGUCUUCCCAAGUGCCCAGAGCCAAGUCCACCACAGCAGUGCCAGCAGAAAUUCCCCCCACGUGCUCCACCCUGCCAGCAGCAGUGCCCACCCAAGAGGAAGUAACAGUGCCUGAUGCUGGCAGCACCAUGAAACAAGUAGCUUGAGCAAUCCUACGGCUAUCUGAGUUUCCAGCCAUUUUCUCUGAAUCUCCACGCUUCUCUGCCUUUGUUUUUCCCCGAAAGGAAAGUCAAGGAGAAGGCUUUUGUUCUUAGAAUUGUAGUCAUUUCAGAAAUGAAACCUCUGUCUCACUCCCAUCUUCCACCCCCAUCAUCCCACGCCUGGGAUGAGAGACUACAGAGAACGUACCAACCUAGUCUACUCCAGGCUUCCUGGAGCUUCAAUGGAAGGACAACCCUGAGAGAUCAGACUCCUGGUCCCCUGCCACUGCAUGAGCUCUCCUCUGUGCUGCAACCUGGGUGGUGAUUUCCAUUCUCUGAGCCCUUGUAACUCUCCUCCCACUGACUCAAAUAAAGCGUGUGU